AUGUCCGUGCACACAGCAAACGCACCUGCAGACUCGGAUGGGAUUUUCAUCGGAACCAGUGCCAUCGCAAAUCUCAUUCUGCGUCUUGUUCAACUCUGGGAAUCAUUGACUUCAGAUACCAAUCUUACUGUUACCGUCAAGAUGCCCUCAACAUUAGAGAAGGCUCGCAAGCACAUUGCGAAGAAGCGCAAUGGCCAUGACCUAGCCCUUCAUGAGUUUUCCAGAGACUCCAAGCGUCUUCACAAGGCCUCGAUCAGAGACCAAAGGCUAGGAAAGCUCCACGCCUCAAAGAACAAGAAGGAGCAGCCCAUGAUCGACCGUGCCUCCUUUUUCCAAAAGGCAAUUCAGGAGAAGGGAUCCGAACCCCUCGACUUGGCCGCCGUUCAGGAGCUCAUCAGCAAGUUUGUGCACCAGUACGAUGAGGAGUACGCCGAGGUUAAGAAGACCCGCCGUGCCGGCCGCCCUGCAAGUGCCAAGGAAGACUUGCUCAAGCUGAGAAUCUCCAACCUUGAAGAAGAGUACAAGAUCGGAUUCUACCUUCCUGACCUCACAACGUCGUCCAACAUCAUCCAACUCGACCGCUGGGAGGGUUCAUGGGCUUACCUCACCAACCUCGCCUGGGUCAAGAUCACGAGUGACGGGAACGUCAGACCAUCCAGCUUCCCUCCCAGGGCCUUGACGCAGCAUCAUCGAUUACACCGGGAGAAAGGAUGGGGGAUUAACCGUCAGCUCCAAUUUCUGUAUCCGGCUCCUCGCACUGUAUCGGAGUUCUUGUUUGGCCAACAGACAAAUUUCUCCGGUUACAUACAGCAACCACCACGCAUAGCCAAAUCACUGGCUCGUCAGCGUCUGAGCCAUGAUUCUCCUGUGCCGUUACACAAAGGGGGAUUCGGCAAAGGGGCCCCAAACGUGGAGAGCAUGUGGGUUCAUAGGAAUCGCGCGCCAUACCGAUGGUUCUUCGGAGGGGGGUUGCGAAAGAGGCGGGCGGCAGAGAUCGAAGCAGCGUCAUAUGAAGAGCCAACGUGGCGGUUUUUGUAUGAAACAGUCACUUCCGAAACUUUGGUGUCGUCUGUCCAUGCCCGACUGGCCAAGGAGGUCCAGAUCAUGCAUCUUAUCUGCCCCAAGCCUCCUAGACCAGGCCAUUGGGACCACCUUCUUCCCUUCGAGUUCCAAGUGCUACAUUACACCGCCGGUCUACUCCUCUGCGAGGCUUUCGACGGUAACACGCCUGCAGAGUCUUGUGGACGGGAUGGACCCAUCUACUCUACUCGAUCCAAGGCUGUUCUCACAAUGGUGAGAUGCUGUGAACAGAACAGCGUCUGA